GGUGACGGUCACAUGACUCUGCCCUGGGCUGCUGCUGCUGGCUGCUGUGCAUCUGGUUUUGUCCUUUCCGGUGUGUGUUCGGCCGCAGCAUGAGACCCCGUGGGACCCCGGUCCCGACACUGCUGCUCCUGCUCAUUACCGGCACCGCCGGCCAGUCUGCGAGUGGAGCAGCGCAGGAGCUGUGCGGGCACACGUGGGGAGCAAUAGAUGAUGAGAAACAUGUAUUCUACAAAAUCAAUGUCUGUGAAAACUUGAAAGCAAGUGAAUGCGGUGGAGCGGAGUCUGCAAUUUGUGCUCAUGAUAUUAACAAGGACACUUAUCAACAAGUGGGAACUUUGCCAGCGCAGAAUGGCAAUAAUGUACUUGUGUUUAAUACCACUCAGAAUUGUCCAGGGUCAGACCAUAAAAUCCAAAGUGUCAUCAACUUAAUGUGUGGGAAGUCAUUGGGAACGCCUGAAUUUAUUAAAUUUGAUGAAUGCGUGCAUUACUUUGAAUGGAGUACAUUCGCUGCUUGCAAGAAGAACACAUUUAAACCUAUUAAAGAGGUUCCCUGCUAUAUUUUUGACACUGAUUACAAGAAACAUGAUUUGAAUCCACUCAUAAAGACCUCCGGUGUAUACUCCGUGGAUGACUGGGAUACUGAAGCUGACUUGUACAUAAAUAUUUGUCGAACUAUUGGUACCUCAGAGGGAGAGACUUCAACUUGUCCCCAUGGGAGCGCUGCUUGCCUUAUAAAGGAUGGGAAGGCUUAUGAUGUUGGCAAACCCAAAGAAGCCCUCACUUCAUAUGUUAAAGAUAGGCUUGUUCUUCAUUAUGAAACUGAAAGCAAACCUGACUUUUGUAAUGGUCACUCUCCAGGUGUCGCCAUAACCUUUAUCUGCCCAUCAGUAGGCACCGAGGUGACCAGCCCAAAACUAACUGCAAACAGCAAUUGCCGCUACGAGGUUGAGUGGGUUACAGAGAAUGCUUGUCACACAGAUUACUUGGAAAGUGACACUUGUAUACUGAACAGCAAGGAGAGGGGGAUUUCUAUUGACUUGUCCCCUCUCAAAGAAACGCCAGCGAGUCCUUACCAUGCAGAAGAUCCAGACAAUAAAUAUAUUUAUUACCUCAACGUUUGUGGCCCCACAUUGGCAGGCGGAUGUGACACAUUGGCUGGUGAACCAUUCUCUUCAUGCCAGUUCAUAAAGUCAAGCAAACAGGGAAAAAGAGCUGGUUCCUAUCAAAAUCAGACCCUCAGAUAUUCAGAUGGUACCAUCACCUUGACAUACCCUGGAGGAGAAAUUUGCAGCUCUGGUUUCCAGCGUAUGACUGUAAUUAAUUUUGAAUGUAAUGAGACUGCAGUGAAUGAAGGGAAGGGUGAGCCAAGUUUCUCUGCGGAAGCCGACUGCACCUAUUUCUUCUCCUGGGAGACCAAAUAUGCAUGCCCUAAAAAGAAGGAGGACCUUUGCCAUGUGGAAGCCAGGAAAAAACAUUUCAACCUGUUUGAUUUGAUACGCAAUGCUGAUUCUAGCACUGCUCAAAACUGGGUGGCUGUGAACUUGUAUCAGUCAGAUAAGAGUCGUUACUAUAUCAAUGUCUGUCAUGAGGUCUUAAAGAGAGAAGGCGCUGAGGACUGUGAGGAAGAUGCAGCAAUUUGUGCAGUGGACAAUUCCGGCCAAAAGAAAAACUUGGGGAAGUUUACUACUCCUCCAAGGAUGGUCAAUGGCAAUAUCCUACUUGAAUACACAGAAGGUUCACUCUGUUCAGGAAAAAGGAUUCAAACCAACAUCACACUUCUGUGCAGUCCAGGUAAUUAUGAGAGCCCCCCUGUCCUGAAGCAUGUAGAUGACUGCGCGUAUAAUUUUGAGUGGCACACAGCUGCUGCCUGUGUCUUAUCCAAGGCAGAAGGAGAAGAUUGCAGAGUGUCUGAUGUGCAGGCUGGCUUUUACUUUGACCUGUCACCACUGACCAAGAAAAACGGAAGCUACAGUUUUGCCACAGACACGUAUGAUUUUUAUAUAAAUGUUUGUGGCAAUGUAACACAAGAACCAUGUGAAGCCAACUCCGGAGCGUGUCAAGUGACAAAAAAAAAAGACAAUUAUUGGAAUAUGGGUUUGGGCAAUUCCAAGCUUUCUUACUAUGAUGGAAUGAUACAGCUCCGCUACAUGGAAGGAACACCCUACAAUGACGAUAAGAAAACCGCUCGUUCAUCACUCAUAACCUUCCUAUGUGACCGAGAGAUUGAUGUUGGUCAGCCAGAAUAUCAGAAAGAAGAUAACUAUACAUAUAACUUCAAGUGGUACACAAAGUACGCCUGCCCUGCGCUGCCGGUGGAGUGUGUUGUGGUGGACAAAGAGACAAAUGAGCAAUAUGAUCUGUCCAGCUUGUCUAAGGUACAAGGAGAGCACUCUUCAAAUUGGUUUGCCAUAGACGGGCGCAGCAAAUACUACAUUAAUGUAUGUCGCUCCUUGGUGCCAGUGAUGGGGUGUGAUCCCUUUGCUGCUGUGUGUCAGAUGGAAAAUAAAGAUUCUGUUAUGCCGGCUGAGACAGUGGCAAUCAGAAAUUUGGGAGUGGCGAGCGGCAAACCCAUUAUAGAUGAAACUGGACGGAUAAUUAUUGAGUACAUAAAUGGCUCUGAUUGUAUAGAUUUUGAUGGGGAGAAAACCACUUACUCGUCAGUAGUGCAUCUUACAUGCAAGAAGGGAUCAACGUCUAGUAGCCCCAUAUUUAUCUCAAAGGAGAAUUGCCGAGCCACAUUUACAUGGUACACUGAAGCAGCGUGUCCUAUUGUCACCGAUGUACAAGGGAAAGGGGAUUGCUCCGUAGAAAACCCAAACACUGGAUUUGUUUAUCAUUUUGAAUCCCUGAAGAAUGACUCUGGCUAUAUUGUUCAAGGAAACGGGAAAACCUAUAAGUUAAAUAUCUGUGGCCCUGUCAAAGAUUGCGGCCUUGUUGGUGAGUUACAAGCUGCUGGUUGUGAAUUUGAAAACAAAAUGGCAACUAGACCAGUCAAAUUGAGCCAAAGUCUGGAGCUGUCUACAGAAGGUCCCAUCACUCUUACAUAUCAUGGAGCAAUACAUGAAGCAACAGGGCAAGGAGACAAAUUUAUAAUAAAUUUUGUGUGCAAUGAUGAUCUCUAUCCUGGCGAGCUUUCAUUCAAGAGAGAGGAGAUCAACACUGAAACGCAUCUCUACGACACCAUUUUUGAUUUUAAAACUGCAGUGGCGUGUGCCCCAGCUCCUGUUGACUGCCAAGUUACUGAUUCUUCAGGGAAUUUUUAUGAUUUAAGUGACCUUACACUGGACCACGAGUCAUGGACGGCUAUUGACUCAUCUGACCAAACUAAAAAAAGAACAUUUUAUCUCAAUAUAUGUAGACCUGUUCCAUACACUCAUGGAUGCAAAGGGAAUGCAGUGGGGUCCUGCAUGAAGACUUCUGACAAUAAAAGCAUUAAUCUCGGUGUCAUCCAGAUGAGCCCCCAGGCCCAGGCUGAUGGUUCUCUCACCAUCGUUUAUAUGAGUGGGGACAAAUGUACAGAUACGAAGCGUUACUCUACACGGAUUAACUUUCAGUGUGACCACGUUUUGGGAUCCCCUGUGUUCCAAGAGCAAGAUGACUGUGAAUAUGUCUUUCUGUGGAGGACGACUGAGGCCUGUCCUGUUGUCAGAGUAGAAGGUGACAACUGCCAAGUUACUGAUCCAAAAUUUGGCUACGUGUAUGACCUAAGGCCACUAGGAGAACAUGUUGUGGAAGUGCCAGAUGGUGAAUAUAAGUACCAGCUCAAGGUCUGCGGUGACAUUACAGAAUCUCUGUGUCAGGCACCAGCUGGAAGCACAGUCUCAUCCUGUCAAGUGAAGGGUAACACAGGAAAGCUAGCAGGUUUGACGAAUCAAAAGCUUAUUUAUAAAGAUGGACUAAUUAUGUUAAAUUACACUGGGGGAGAAGUGUGCCACAAAAAGUAUACACGCACCACUCUGAUAAUGUUCCACUGUGACAAGACAGAAGGAAAGCCUGUCUUUCUAAAAGAGACUCCGGACUGCACGUACAUGUUUCAGUGGAGUACACCACGUGCCUGUCCCUUCAAACCCGUUGACUGCUCCUUCAAGGACACACCUGGAAAUUCCUAUGAUCUGUCCCCAUUGUCCAAUUACAGUGGAAACUGGGAUGUUCAGCUUUUUACCGGAUCUAAUCAAAAGUACCGCAUAAAUAUAUGCAUGCCUCUAGUGCCAGAGACGGAUUCAUGUCCACAUGGUGCUGCCGCCUGCCUAAUAGAGGGCACAAAGGCCAUAAAUAUGGGAGAGCUUACAUCAAGUCCAAAGUGGGAAAAUGGAGUCGCCGUUCUCCGGUAUAAAAAUGGAGCUCCCUGUCCAGAUGGCAUAAGGAACAGAACAACCACCAUCCGCUUCAAGUGUGAUUUAAACAAAGUCGACUCCAUCCCGCAGUUAAUCACAGCAUUGGAGAACUGUGACUAUAACGUGAUGUGGAGCACAGCAGCAGCAUGCCCAUUGACGAUAAACACACACGAUAAUUGUCAAGUCACAAACCCUGCCACAGGUUAUCUCUUUGAUCUAUCAUCAUUAUCAAGCAAGGAUGAUUAUCUUAUUAAGGAUAGUGAACGAUCAAUUCAGAUUAAUAUUUGUGGUGAUGUUAAGAAUAACUUAUGUGGAGCUGGAGUUGGUGUGUGUAUAUUGGUAGGUGGAAAGUACAUCAGCGCAGGAAAGUCUCAGAGCCGUAUCACGUAUUCCGAUCAAGUGCUAAGACUAGUUUAUGAAGAUGGCGCCAUUUGCAGCAGUAACCCUUUACUGAAACACCGGAGUGUCUUUACCUUUGUGUGUAGUGCAGACAACGCUGCCGGCAGUCAGCCUUUACUGGUCUCAUUCAUUAAAGAAACAUGUACAUGGCAGUUCUCCUUGCACACGUCCCUGGCCUGUGAACAUGAGAUUAAGUGCUCAGUAGAAAACGGCACAUCUAUUAUUGACCUGAGUCCUCUGAUGAUGCGCUUUGGUAACUAUGAAGUUGUGCAAGGUCCUCAGGAGGAUGUCCCUUCAGAUUUUUACAUCAAUAUCUGCAAGCCUUUAAAUAGUGAUGUAGAUGUAAAAUGUCCACCAGGGGCAGCAGCGUGCUUGGUGACUGCUAGCGGACAAUUCAUUGACAUUGGCCACUCAACUAGUGCCCCACAGAUUGAUAUAGCAAGGCAAACCAUUUCAAUUAAAAUGGACAGCCCAACGCUGUGUGAUUCAGAUAAACAAUCAAACUAUUCCACCCUGAUUAUCUUUCAUUGUAACAUGGGGACAGAUCUGGGAAAGCCAAAGUUUGUCCAGCGUUCUGACUGCACUUAUCUUUUUGAGUGGGACACCCCAUUAGUGUGUCCAGAUGAUGAAAACCUUUCAGGAUGUUUAUUGACAGACCAGCAGCUCCAAUACACAUUUAACUUGUCCAGCCUCUCUGGGGAAACAUUCAAAACAUCUGAUGCUAAGCCGUAUUAUAUUGGAGUGUGCUCUUCUGCGCAAAAUGUACCUUCUGGUAAAUGUGAUGGCGCAGUGUGUCUUCAGUCAGAUAACACAGCCUAUUCGUUUGGAAACACAAAGCAAAUGAGAAUGGUGUAUCGCCAUCAGGAGGAUAUGAUAGUACUUCAGUAUUCUGGAGGAGACGAGUGCCCAUCAACUAAAGACAGGAGACAGUCCACCAUCUUGUUCAAAUGUGAUGAAAGUGCUGGAAAGGGAAAACCUGUACUGCUGAGUGAGACCAGCGAAUGCUCGGCUGCUUUUGAAUGGAAAACACAGCUAGCUUGUCUUCCGAGGAAGCUGGACUGCAAGUUCAUAAUGCACCACAAGACCUAUGACCUGAGAAUGCUAUCUUCAAUGACAGGAUCCUGGCAUUUCACUGAUAACGGCAAUAAGUAUUAUCUAAAUCUUUGUCAACGGGUGAACCAAGGGCCCAACGCCUGCUCGGGAAGUGCAAGUGUGUGCCGGGAGAGCAAUGGACAGGUUCAGGUUUUGGGUCAAGUUCAUACACAGAAUGUAACGGUGAAAUUACCAGAUGGUGUCGUGUCUGUGAGCUAUUCACAUGGAGACCCUUGUGGAAAAGACCAAAGGUUGUCCACUACGAUAGAACUGAAGUGCGCAAAUAUAACUGGGAAGCCAAUACUACAAAGGUUUGAGUCACAAUCCUGUCGCUAUUUCAUUGUGUGGGAAACACGAGCAGCUUGUGCUGUUGAUCCAAAAGAGGCCUCCAUGAGAAAUGGAAUAGUACAUGUAAACAAUGGUGCGAGCCUUAACUUAACUAGCAUCUACAGCAAAUCUUACACUGCCAGUGGUGAUAUAAGGCUGAAGGAUCAGUAUGUGUAUGAAAUUCAGCUUUCUGGGAGAGAGAACUCUGCCUAUCAGAAAUGUAAUGGAGCCAGUGUAUGCCAAGUAAAGACAAAUGGAGAUUUCACUAGAGCAGUCGGCACUUCUGGAAAAGCCAAAUAUUACCUUGAUGAUGAUGAUUUAGAUGUGGUUUUCUCUUCCAACUCAAAAUGUGGUAAAGAUCCAACAAAAAAUGCCACCUCCACAAUAGUCUUCCAUUGCAGCCAAACCCAGGGGGAGGGAAGGCCAGAAUUCCUGCACGAAACAGCGGACUGUCAAUACUUGUUCUCUUGGCACACCUCUGCUGUUUGCUCUUUUGUAUUGGAGGGCACUGAGAAGGAAGCAGACAGUCCCGAUGAUCAUCAGAAUCAGUACCAAGGCUUAUCAGGGAGAAGCCAAGCCGUGGGUGCUGUUCUCAGUAUUCUCCUGGUGAUUCUUGUGAUCUGUCUGAUAGUGCUGCUGUUAUACAAAAAAGAGAGAAGGGAAACUGUGAUGUACAAGAUAUCCAACUGCUGUAGAAGGAGUUCCAAUGUGUCUUACAAGUACACCAAGAUCAAUACUGAAGAAGAGGUGGACAAUGAAACGGAGUGGCUUAUGGAAGAAGUGUCCGCGAACCAUGCAAAGCCACACCACGAGAAUGGCCAUGUCCGAAGCGUCAAGGCCGACGCUUUCACCUCACUGCACGUUGAUGAUCUUGACAGCGAAGAUGAAGUCAUGACGAUACCAGAGGUCAGAAUACAGUCUACAAAAAACAAACAGAGGAAUGCAAACCAGGCCAUAGGCAGAUACAAUUCUGGCCAUGAUGAGAACUUGAUAGGAAUAGUAAAUGGAGGACAAGAAAAGACUGGAAAGUCGAGGUCGGUCCAGCAUAAAAAAGAGGAUGCGUUGAACAUAGCUUCAUUUCAUGAUGACAGUGACGAGGAUAUGCUUAAUAUCUAGUACAAACUCUGCAUUUUCAGUCCCUCCUAAUUGUGCCUAAAAUAAAAUCUUGUUUGAAUGGACAAUGCUACUGCAACCAAAUACCCGUAACUCAAGUGUUUUGUUUCUUGGGGUUUUUUUUGUCCUUUGACCUUUUAUAGGUUAAAUAUAAAAUGUAUACGUGUACAUUAGGGAAGACUAGGAUUGGUUUCUUUGUUUGUUUUGAUCUACAGCGAUUUAUUGCAUUUGAGGUUUGUUUUUAUGUUUUUUUAAAGCAUCCCUGCUCUAAAUGGAAUAUGUAAUGAUUGGGACUUGUAUUUUUUUUUUUUUUGUUUGCUCGAUUUAAAUACGGGAGCUGGAAUCUUCGUCUUAUAUGAUGUAAAUUACUCUAAAUCAGCAAAAAUCAGAAAAUGCAAACUGUUUCCAUGGGAUGCUCUGCCGCUGGUGACAUAAAGUUUGACUACUAUUUAUUCACUUGAACUACAACUCAGGUUGGCUGAAAAAAGCAUUAAGCUGUUCCUGCCGGCAGGGUGUUAUUGUAAACCUUAAAUCAAUGAAAAGGGGACAGUUCCAAUAAGUGAUGGAUAAAAAUGCACUCCGACUGGGUAAUAUUUACAGGUACCAUUAUCUAGACCAGGGCUGGCCAAACCGGUCCUCGAGAUCUACCAACAGUUCAUGUUUUCCAGGCCUCCUGGAGAUCUGUAGAAUUGUCAGUUAGGAAUGAAUGCAGCACAUCUUAAUUAGUAAUGACUACACCUGUGCACCAGCUUGGUGGUCUGGAAAAUGUGUACUGUUGGUAGAUCUCGAGGACUGGUUUGGCCAGCCCUGAUCUAGACUAUAUUUUAAAUGUGUUAAUAUACUAGUUUUGGUUUCAGUUCAGAAGCAUUUAAGUGAAGGAUGCUGAAGAGUGUUUGUUAAAUAUAUGUACAUAUAGCUGCUGCUGUCCUGUGCACGGUACCCAGUGGCAAAACUAAGGUAUUGAAACGUGUUUUGAAAAUAAGUAUGAACCUGAAGCAGAAUAAUGGGAUCUGUAUACAGCUUAAAAUCAAAGGAAGUUAUGUUUCUGCAGUAUGCUUAGACACAGUCCAGAUUAUCAGAUUUAUUUGCUGCCAAAAAAAAAACAACAACCGGUGUAUAUUUCCAUCAUUCAAAACUGAUGACCUAGAAGAAGCCUUAAUUUGCACAUAUGGUCUUUUGAUAAGAAAUACUAAAGGGAUUAAGUUUAACAAGCCAAAUAGUUAACAAAACGGUCAUCUGUCAGAAUACAACAGCUAUGGCUGCAGAACCCCUUCUCUCCGAUUUUCGUUUUUGUUUUACUGUCUCUUGUAAUAGAGGGAUUGCAGCUGUAAUUCUACGCAGCUUUUGCUCUGAGAAAAAAAGUUUUAAAACUGUCUCAUCUUGAAAAGCGACCCAUUAAUGUAAUGCUGCGCAAAUCCUUUUAAUCAGCAUUGUGUCAUUUCUAAUAUGGAAGAGAGAAAUUUUCAGUGUAUAAUAGUUUCUAGGUAGUUAUUAAAAUGUAAAGGUAAAAAAAUAGUCUCCUGCAUUUUCAGGAAUAGUACUGUGCUUAAUAAUAAUAAUAAUAAUAAUAUAGCACAAUUCGCAAACUAGGUUGAGGUACUGCUGAUAUGCAAUGGUUUUUUAAAGGCUGAGUACAUACCUUUUUUAUGGAGAACAGAAAAUAACAGCACUGCUUAAAACCAGGGUCUCCGCAUUAAUCAUUAUGGUAUCAUCAUGUAACUACGUACUGGUACACCACCUCCGACUAAUCUCCUUAGUUUUGUAUCUUCCAAUUGAUUUCUUUGGGUCAAAUGGUACUAUGGACUUUCAUUUUGGAUCUUCUUGUAAUAUAAAAGUAUUGAACAAAUAAAUUAAAAGAUAAGUUAUAACAAAA